GUUACUGCCAGGAGCAGAGAAGGAAGGAGAUGGCCGACUAGGAGGCAGUGUUAUCUUUGCUACUUCGUCUCCGAGAUUCCUUUGGCAUUACUCAGUUUCACAGCAGACUCGGGGGGAGGACGUUACAGACAUUUCACCCCUCUUCCACCAUGGCAGAACAAAACAGCAGCGUCAGAUACCAGGAGCUGGUGAAUGAGGAAGAGCCCGCCCAGCCUUCUCAGGAGGGUCCUGCCCAGGACGCCCCACCACCGUACAGCAGCAUCGCUGCAGCAAAUGCAGCUUUCUUUGAAUACAAGGAAGAUGGAGGAAGAUUUCCCAACCCUCCGUCCUACAGCGUUGCCACCACUUUGCCCUCCUAUGACGAAGCCGAGAGAAGCAAAGCAGAGGCUGCCAUCCCCCUGGUCGCUGGACGAGUCACGGAGGAAGACUUUGUGGCCAGAGAUGACUUUGAUGAUGCCGACCAGCUGCGAAUAGGAAAUGACGGCAUCUUCAUGCUCACUUUCUUCAUGGCAUUCCUCUUCAACUGGAUUGGCUUCUUCUUGUCGUUCUGUUUGACCACAUCAGCCGCCGGUCGAUAUGGGGCCAUCUCAGGCUUUGGCCUGUCACUCAUCAAAUGGGUUCUUAUUGUCAGGUUUUCGACCUAUUUCCCUGGUUACUUUGAUGGGCAGUAUUGGUUGUGGUGGGUGUUCCUGGCACUCGGCUUUAUGCUGUUUAUCAGAGGCUUUGUGAACUACUCCAGAGUGCGUAAAUUGGCCGAUCCCACUUACGCCACCCUCCCUCGAACAAGGGUACUCUUCAUCUAUUAGAGGAUGAGGAAGAGCUGGAUGUGAAGAAGAGGAGUUUAAAAUAAAAGUGAAGACACUUAACGAAGAAAUCAGCCAGAUGAGUUCCAGAUGAAGACGACUCGAGUCAAUUAAAAAAAAAAUAAUCAGGAAUUAUAUCACUUGUUUUCUUUUGUUUUGAAACUUUAUUAAUGGCAAAUGGUAAACAGUAAUAGUCCCUCAGUGUACUCAUUAGUGGCGAAUGUUAAGUGCUAUUUACAUCUGUCUGUAAUGUAUAAGUAAUGCCUUAUAUCAUUUGAUGGUAGCAUACGAGCAUGCAUCUGCCCUUAAGGUCAAUAAAUAGGGAGAGUCUCAUGUUGGUGACACUUAAAGCCAGCAGGUAUUAAUUAGCGUAACACUCUGUAGACUUGCCAUAGCAUGCAACACACUUUAUAAUCUGCACUUCAAGGUUCUAUUACGCUCUCUUUAGAUACACUUAAAAAACUGCAAACUUUCUUUAGACUGUAAAUGCUAAUGUACACAUGACCACAUCCGCCACUCACCUGUUGGCUUUCAGCGGUGUUGCCAGGAGGGGACAGUGUUGUCUGCAGCUGUUAGAAACUGUCAUCAUAGAACAUACCUGCUUGUGAUUCAGACACAGCAAAAAGUCAUCCAUGAUUUUGCCUGUUUAAAUGUUUUGUUGUGCAUUAAAUCUGGUAAAACUCCAACCUGGGAAGAGAAUUCAAGUUACACAUGUGAUCUUAGAAGAGAAGAUGGGCAGCAGCCUGAUGGGCUCAAAUGUCUAGUAAGGAACCCUGGAGCUGCUCUGACAGUUGAAAGGAUGUUAAAUUUUGUUUGUUUGUUUGUUUUGGCACUGGCAAGCAACUAAGAGGAUUUUUUUUUAAUUUAUGGGCAUAUGAGCACAUUUUCUGGUCCAUGUCCUCACAAAACUCAAUUAGAUGUAACAGUGUGACCUCUGAGUGACUCCUCAGAGAGGCAGUGGGCUCCACAUCCACUCACUGUCAGAGGAACAGCUCUGCCAGGAUCUCAGAGCAUAAAAAUGAACUUGUAUUUGAUUUCCAGGUGGGUUUUUGCCUUAAGAUUUAAUUGAUGAUUAUUUCUUAAUUCUUCAUAUUAUGUAAGAAGUUUGCUCUCUUGUGGGUAUUAAUUAUUAUCAAAGAAUGUUUAAUGCAGGUGCACUUUUAGACACAAUAAGGACGUUCCCAUCAUUAGAUUAAGUCAGACACAUAAAACAGGUGGUGCAGGAUGUUUUCUAAUGACGCUUGAAUCAUCAGUUCAUAACUUCUGCCAUGGCUUUCAUUACAGACCAGUUAUGCUUCUUUCAGUGUGGUGUAGAGCUGCAGCCUGGGGUUUUUGUUGUUAUCAAAUUGUACAGAAACUGUUUAGUGUUAAAUAAAUGUCACUUUAAAUGCA